AUGACAACUGCACUAGUUCGUAGUCCAUCGGAAGUUUUCUCCGAAUCACCGAUUAUUCCAGCAUCGACACCCGUUGGCGAAUAUUCGGAUCGACCACUUCUCUUUAAGAACGACGAUGAUACAAAUUCAAUGAUAUCUCAUGUUGAUGAAAACAACGAAAAUGAAGCUAUUGCACCAUUGGUUUCUUCAAUUAUUGGAGAUCAAACUGAUUAUAAAACAACAAAUUUAGAAACCUUAAUGCAUUUAAUUAAAGGCAAUAUCGGCGCUGGUAUUCUCGCGUUUCCUUAUGCACUAUCGAAAGCUGGAAUACUUGUAAUUAGAUUUUCUUUUGUUCUUGAUUUACUUCUUUUUUAUCCAACAUUGUUUCAGUUUGGGCCUAUUGCUUUUUGGAUUAUGGGUGCAAUGACACUUUAUUGUAUGCAUCAACUUCUUCGAUGUCACGAUCAUUAUCGAUAUAUCACAUCACGAGAAAAAUGUGAUUUUGGAGAUAUUAUGCGAUAUACAUUGGCAACAUGUCGUUGGAAAUGGGUUCAUCGAUAUGCAAAAUUGGGAAAAUUUGUUAUUGAUGGCUUUAUUGUAAUAACACAACUUGGCUUCUGUUCGGUCUACUUUGUAUUCGUACCAGCUAGCAUCAAACAAGUUGCCGAUCAAUAUCUUACGCAAAGUCCACCGAUUCAAGUCUAUCAAUUCGUCAUGUUGUUACUUGUUAUCGGCUUUUCCAUGAUUCGUAGUCUCAAAGUUCUAGCACCAUUUUCGCUGGCUGCUAAUUUAAUGACGAUUGGCGGGUUAUUUAUAAUCAUACAAUAUAUUGUUCGAGAUCAUAAGCCACUCAAUACAUUGCCUCUCAUAACAUCCGCAUCCGAGUGGCCUGUAUUUUUUGCAUCGGCUAUGUAUGUCUUUGAAGGCAUUGCUUUAGUUUUACCCGUUCGACAAAAGAUGAAAGAACCUGAAGCAUAUAGUGGUUGGACUGGAAUACUUAAUAUUGGUAUUCUACUUGUGACUAUUAUGUAUUUCAUUAUCGGCUUCUUUGGCUAUAUUCGAUAUGGAUCAGAAGCACGUGGUUCAAUAACUCUUAAUUUACCAAAGGAUAAUAAAUUAUAUCAAUUCACGAAAAUUAUGUACGCUGUGGCCAUAUUUUUGACGUAUAAUUUACAAUUUUAUGUUCCAUUUUCACUUCUUUGGCCACGUCUUUGUCGUAGAAUUCUCUACAAAUAUAGUGCACAGACAGUUGAAAAAUGCGAGCAUGCCUUUCGCAUUGGACUUAUUCUCAUAACUUUUAUCAUUGCUGCAAUGAUUCCAAAUCUUGGUCUAGUCAUCUCUCUAGUCGGUGCGGUAGCAUCCACAGCAUUAUCAGUUAUAUUUCCUCCAAUAUGUGAAUCAAUAACAUUUUGGCCUGAUAGUCUCGGUCGUUAUAAAUGGCAAUUAAUAUUAAAUCUUCUGAUAAUCACUUUUGGUCUUUAUGUAUUUGUUGCUGGUACAACACUAAGUGUAUCCAAUAUAGUCGCUUGUUUCGAAAAUGGUGCGAAAUGCAACGAUUAA